AUGUUCUCUUGGCAAAGGAACGAGUGUCCAUAUGAGUUCCUGAACGAGUUUAGCAAGCUGUGCAGUAUUCAGAAAAGGCCCAACUAUGCAACGGAGGAGGACUAUCGCCUACGCGAAAUACCAUUCGCUUUGAAGGAAGAAGCCAACACAUUGCUGUUAAGGUUGCCACAGGAUUCUAUCCGUACCUGGGGAGAUUUCACAUUGGUCUUCUUAGACUACUUUUUCCCUUCGAACAAAAUCAAUGCCCUCAAGAAGGAUAUUCUGGAGUGUAAGCAGGAUUAUGAUGAGUCCUUGAGUCACUAUUGGUCACGUUUUAAAGGGUUGCUCGAUGCUUGUCCAAAUCACAGGAUGAUAGAGGCUGAAACCUUUUAUCUGUUCUACGAGGGAGCAAACCCUGAGUCAAAGGAUCUGAUGAAUUCCUCGAGUGGGAGAAAUUUUACAAAGAAGAAAGUAAGUGAAGCUAGAGAAACUUUGGGAAGGGAUGAGAGAGUGGAGGUAAGGAUUGACAGGUUGGAAAAAGCACUUCUGAAUGCGAUCGAGAAAAGCAACCCCCCUGCCUCACAAGAAAAAGAGAAAACUCCAGGCCAAGAAGAAACUCCACCCCAACAGUACUAUGGCCCUCGAGAGGGAGAAUACCAGGCCCAGGGGAACCAGGGGCCAGGAAAUCAGUACAACAACAAUUCAGGAGGUCAAGGAAAUUUCCGCUCAAAUCAGGGAAAUGGACCUAAUCACAGUCAAGGAUCAGGUACCAGUCAACCGAAUUCCAGAUCACAGAGAAGCAUGCACGACAUGGUACACGACCUAGUCAGUACGCAGCAGCACAUGCAGAGCAAUUUGCAGCCCAACAAUGACGUGGUGCAUAAACCUCAGAUGGAACACAAGGCUGCGAUGGACAUGAUGGCAAAACAGUUAUCUCAGAUAGCAACCUCCCUAAGUGAGAUGCGAGGGAACGAAGGGAAAAUCCCUGCCACAGUCAAGCCACCGGACAGGGCAAACAUCAGUCAAAUCACUCUGAGGUCCGGACGUGGUUAUGAAGGUCCUACGCUGAAAGUGGAUGGAAACAUACCUCCCGCGAUGAGCAAGGAGAAGGAGAACCCAAGUUCCUAUAAAGGCUAUACUGAAACAGGGGAGACCAGAACAAAGGAUGACGUUCAGACUGGUGAUUUGGGAAGACCACUACCCCGGAUGGCUGACCCAUUCUUCCUAGACCCGGAGCCCAAGGUAGAGGUUGAAAAGGUGAUGAAGGAAACUGGAGAAUCCUCUAAGGGAGAUUCCCCUAGCAUGGUGAAGCAAGUAAAGCCAUUUCCCUACGGAGGGGAGGCCAAGAAGAAAAAGGAUGAACCAGCCUUGAAGCUGCCUAUCUUCUGCAAGUUCAUCAAAGAGUUCAUCGCCGGGAAGACUAAACCCAGUGGCAAGAUAUUGAUCGGGGAAAACGUGUCGGCAGUGAUACAGAAGCGAAGGAUGCCCUCAAAACACACGGACUCGGGUAUGUUCACUCUACCCAUUUCUAUUGGUGAUAUCAGAAUUGAGCAUGUUAUGUGUGACCAAGGAGCAUCAAUAAAUGUUUUACCGCUUUCCAUCUUUAAAAGGUUGGUAGGAGUAGGAAUGGUGGAUACGAAAGUGGAACAGAUCGACAACUCAGAAUUGAGCCACAACAUCGACAGAGAAGUUGCAGGAUGGUGUGAAGCUAUGAACACUUUUGAGUUGACCGACGAGGAACUUGCGGAAGCAAUCAUGGAUAUCUGUAGAGAUCCUGAACUUGCCAGGUCAAGGAGAUCAGCCCAUGUUGCGAGUAUGGAAAAUUUACCUGGGCUGGAUAUAGAGAAAAAUCCCUUGCCCCAGGAAACGAGUGUGCCCAAAAAAGAACUGAAAACACUUCCACCUGGUCUGAAGUAUGCAUAUUUGGAGGAGAACGAGAUGUUCCCUGUGAUAGUAAACAACAACUUGACCCAGGAACAGGAAGGGGAGUUACUGGAAGUCAUCCGAUGGGAACAAGAAGGCCAUUGGAUGGACUCUCUCAGACCUAGCGGGGAUCAGCCCUGA